CGCGUUGUGUCGAUCAAACGAUAUUUACACGAGCGAGAUCGGAUUUCAUUGAGUGCAAGAAAAGGAAAUGGAUUUGGUUGUAGCUCCAUGGUGCAAACAGUUAAACGUUAUCUGUUUUUUACUACUUCUCCAAGCUACCACAACUCUUUCUCUUUCUUGUCCCUCAAAGUGCGAAUGUGUUGAGGUCAGAGCAGUUUUAUACGUAGACUGCUACAACGUCUCCUCUUUGAAAACCAUACCUUCUGGCAUCCCAGCAAAUGCACGCAGACUGAUAUUCAGCAAAACGCAGAUAUCACUGAUUCAGAAGAACGCCUUUCAAGGAUUGCCUAAUGUCACUGAAAUAGAAAUGCGGCACAAUCCAUUAACAACAAUCGAAGGAAACGCUUUCCAAGGCCUUAAAAAGCUUAGAGAGUUAGUGUUAAAUAGCAACGAUAUAAAAGUUCUUUAUAAAGACUCUUUCCAAGGAAUCUCUCAAAUAAAAAGGAUUCAUCUUUCCCAUAACAAUUUGCAAACGCUUCCGGAAGGAUUAUUUGACGACACAGUUAACCUGGAGUACUUGAGACUUGACAACAACAAAAUAACUUCGAUAUCUUCCACUCUCUUGGCAAGACAUGGGGAGUUAUCAAUUUUGGAAUUGAAGGAUAAUCAGCUAACUGAGUUUCCUUUAGAACUUCUCAAGAACUUAACUAAAUUAUCUACUCUUCUUUUGGAUGGCAAUCUUUUCACCACGAUCCCCUACGAGGCCAAGGAGAUAUUCGACAACAUAGCCCGGCACCAGCGUUCAACUAUAGGGCUUUCCCGUAAUCCACUGUUGUGCACCCAGGACCUCAAAUGGCUUCAGACUUGGAUUGACCUCCAUCCAUCGGUCCACUCUGUGGACGAGGUCAUGUGUCAAACACCUGUUGGUAACUGGAGCAAAGUGGCUACUUUUAACUUCAGUCUCUUGGAAACAAAUCCAUGGCCGAAACCUGGAGUAAUAAGCGAACAUACGACUUCGUCUACACUAUCAUUACAAACCACAUAUACGUCAGCAUUCAUCAAAUUAGCCGCUACGUCAUCAACUACAUCACAGGCUUCCACUGUGGUCACGUCAUCAAUUAUCUCACCGGCUACGUCAUCAGCGACAUUAACUACGUCAUCAGUUGCAUCAUCAAACACCAUUACGCCUUCCCCUUCAUCCUCGUCAAAUUCUGCAUCAUCGACGACAGUCGUCACAAGCCCUCCGGAAACAACAGAAACACCAAAUACAUCUAAAGAGACUGAUGACGUAACCACAAUCUCUACAACUCAAGAAAUUACGGAAAAAAGUAUUCCACCAAAAUCGUCCGACACUGUGACUGCGGGCUCAAAGGUAGAUGUUUCCACAACAUCAAUCGAAAAAGAGAGUGCCUCAAAAGGAAAGUCAUUAACCAGGAAUCAAGAAGUAAUUCUCUCAGCUUCCCUAGUCAGCGUUUGUAUGAUUGCAAUAGUUGCUGUCGCGAUGUAUUUUUUCAGGAAAAAAGUACUCGUCCGUCAGAAAGCAAUCAAUGCAAGGCUUCCUAAGAUGAUGUACGAUCGUGUGAAUGCGGUGUAAUUGAAUGAAGGAUGAGAAGCGCUAUGAAUCGCGAAGUGAUUGCUAGUUCCAGCACCGGGUCUGGAAAUGCAACAGAUUAGCUGAAUAUAUCUUCCAAAGAUAGGAUUAAAUAGAAAGAGCAACAUUGGCUGAGCCUGCUACAGCUGAUAAAUUCGGAGAGUGGGAGAAAGAGCAAAUGCUGACAGAGAACGGCACGGUAAAAUGGAAAAAAAGACAUUGAGAAAGUUAAAACCACAACAUUAGCGUUGCCAGUGCAGAAGUUGCGUUAUUCGUUGCAUAGAACAUCGUGGUAAAAGACGAACACAAACCGCUCCUAAAUGGAUUUUUAUCAAGUAUUUAAAAUCAUGAAUUUUCUUUAGCCAUAUUCAUAACAGUGACAGCCGGAGAUGCGACAUUCUAAUUAUUAUUAUUUUUUUUAAUUCUAGUAUAGUUUAGAGAUACUGUUUAAAAAGUUUUGAGAAAACAAACUGUAUGUUAUACAUACUUAUGUGAGGUUCAAUAAAAAUUUAUU